GUUCAUACUAUGUACUCAAAUGAGAGAGUCUCGUGCAAGUCUGUGGUUGUAUACCUGGAACUUGUUCUACCUACUGAAUUAGGUACCUAGGUACCCCUUUGGAUGAUGUUCUUCCCGUAUUGUUAAAGUCCGAGUGGGGCCUAAUGCACGUUAAGGUUACGCUAAGAAGUACUGUAUUGUACCUAACGUAAUGGGGUCCGGGGAGAAUGCUUAGUCGUAAUCUCUUAGCGGCGGCGAAGUCGGUUGCCCAGUAGUUGCCAUCUUCGGUCUUGUCAACUUCACCGUUCCAACCUCCUGUCUCUCAAUCAUUUCAAGGCUGACUUACCGCUCUUUUCUCCUGGAUAAACAUCUUAAGUGAAAAAAAUCAUUCUUCUUCUUCUUCUCCUUCUUCUUUUCCUUCAUCUCUCUCACUUACGCGACUACGAGCUCGAACUCAUCUCAAAAUCCACAAGUAACCAUGACGCGACACACAACCGACUUCCUGUGCCAGCGCACAUCCAACCUCUCUCUUCGGGGCGAAGCUGCAACAAAUACUUUGAGCACGUCUCGGUUCUCGAGCUUCGCUAACCCUUCCGAAUUCGAAAAUGAGUCUACUAUAUCUGAUGCUGUGAAAGCAUUCGUCGUCGGCGACUUAGCUCGCCGUGGAUCCGUCACCCUUUGCGAUUCUUGCCUACGAAACAUACCCAAAGAAAAGCGAGCCGGCACCAAUAUCAUAGUUGAGAGCGAUGCACAGAAGUGUUCUGCGUGUAAUAUCCUGGCAUCUAAACCUGAGGCUUUUACCGAGCCAUUCUGCAAGUUUCUUCGGGAGAAUCCUACAGUAUUUCAUUCUGUUGGCUAUUUCAAGGACAAGUUGAACGCUCUUGGCUAUAAGGAGCUUCCUGCGCGGGACGAUUGGUCUGGAAAGCUUAAAGCUGGUGGCAAGUAUUUCGUAACUCGAAAUGGCUCGUCCAUUAUUGGAUUCACGGUUGGAAAAGCAUAUAAACCCGGCAAUGGUGUAGCUAUGAUCGCAGGUCAUAUCGACGCUAUAACCGCGAAACUAAAGCCUGUCAGCAACAAGCCGACCAAGGCUGGAUAUGUUCAACUGGGCGUCGCUCCCUACGCUGGGGGUCUGAAUGAAACUUGGUGGGAUCGAGAUCUUAGCAUCGGAGGUCGAGUUAUCGUGCGGGAUGAGUCUGGCAAGACCUCGAGCCGACUCGUACAACUCGAUUGGCCUAUUGCUCGCAUACCAACACUUGCUCCCCAUUUUGGUGUGGGCAUGCUAGGCCAACAAAACAAGGAGACAGAAGCAGUUCCCAUUAUUGGACUUGACAAUUCUGAUAUCUCAUCCUCGAAUGCUAAACCAGUUGAGCCUUUAGGUCCUGCCGGAUCUUUUGUUGCUACCCAGCCACCAAGGCUUGUUCAGUUAAUUUCGCAACAGUUAGGCAUUAAAGACCAUUCACAAAUUGUGAAUUGGGAAUUAGAGCUCUUCGAUCUCCAGCCCGCGACCGUGGGCGGAUUAGAUAAGGAGUUCAUCUUUGCUGGUCGGAUUGAUGACAAGUUAUGCUCCUGGGCAGCAUUCCAAGCUCUCUUGGCUUCGGAGGCGAACGAUGACGACGGUGUUAUAAAGCUGGUUGCGCUCUUUGAUGACGAGGAGAUUGGUUCUCUCUUACGCCAGGGCGCAAGGGGCAAUUUCCUCCCGUCUGUAAUUGAGAGGGCCGUCGAGUCGCUAUGCGGAGAGGACAAGGCUUUUGGACCUGGCGUUAUAGGCCGGACCUAUGCGCAGUCAUUUCUCGUGUCUGCCGAUGUCAGUCAUGCCGUAAACCCCAAUUUCCUAUCCCGCUACUUAGAUGGACAUGCGCCUCGCCUCAACGUUGGAAUUACCAUUGCUGCGGACAGCAAUGGCCACAUGACUACGGAUUCGGUAUCGACUGCCAUUCUUACCAGAGUGGCUGAAUUGAGCGACUGCACGCCGCAAGUUUUCCAGAUCCGAAAUGACUCCCGAAGCGGUGGCACAGUUGGACCUAUGUUGAGUAGUGCGAUGGGCGUCAAGGCCGCAGAUGCUGGAAUGGCGCAGCUUAGCAUGCAUUCUAUCCGUGCUACAUGCGGUUCUUUAGACCCUGGUUUGGGCGUCAAAUUCUUCAAGGGAUUCCUCGACAAGUGGGAGAAGGUCGAUGCCGAAUGGCAGUGAAGUAACGGUUUCUACAAUGAUUAUCCGUUCAGUUUGAAAUACCUCAUUGCUUACUAUGUAGAUUCUGGAAGAAAUGAGGCCUAGAAAUUUAGGCGCUGUGGUUUUUGCCUAGCUAGCGCCUGGGACGCAGGGGAAUUUGUACUAUAGUAUGUACUAUGUAGCCUGCGGGAACCCAGGAAUG